GCUUACCUAGCUAGUCCCAGGCGUCCCAGCCAGUCCAUAAGAUUGCUGGCAGAUUGCUGGAUUCUAUCAGAUUGCAUAAGAUUUGCGCCAAUUUGAGCAGUGCUCAUGUUUUUCUAACCAUGUUAUUAAAUUUUCAUUAAAUCUAUUUCGUAAUUUCAUUUAGAAAAUAUAGCUAUGAAAAAUGGCUUCGAUACACAACAGUUACCCAAAUUUUACGACCAAAUUUGAUUUUAUAACAGAAAAAUUGCUCAUAUUAACCAAGGUGAAAAAUGUUGAAACGAAGUUAAUCAACAGUUACCUUUGUGAUCUCAAUAAACUCGAUUACCAGUAUGUUACUAUUUUGAAUAAUGAUAUAUUACAACUAUUAAUUAAGCAAUUAUGUAUAACUGCAACACCUGUGGAAACAGUUAUGGUCCAAAAUCUAUGCAAACUUUUAACCAGUUUGGUCCAAAAUAAUGUGAAACUUCAGCAUCAGACAUUUGCGAGUGUUAAACAAUGGUUAUUAGAAAUUACAGAAUCAGCCUUACCAAUUGUGCACAAAGACAUCCUUAUUACUUUAAAAUGCAUUUUAGUCAAUAUUGAAUUUGAUGAUAUUAAUCUUUAUGUAAAAUUAUUACUUGAAGAUGAUAAAAUAUUGCAAAAAUAUUUGAGUUCAUCUGAUUUACAAUGUUCUGAUACCCAUUAUUGUGCACUUGGCUGUUUAGAAGGAAUUUUGAUGAAUAAACAUAAUCAGAGUUUGAUAGCACAAGAAUUUGUAUCUACUAUUAAGAAUAUUGUAAUAAAUAUCAUUUCAUUUUCUUUAUACUUCAAUGAUAAUAAACUUUUUCAUGCCAAGGUUUUAACUUCAUGUUUGCAUAUACUUCACAUUAUAACAACGAAUAAGCUAUUACCACAUUCCAUAGAUUUUAUGGGUGAAAUUUUGGGAGUAGUGCAAGUAUUGUUAUUUUAUGGAAUCAAGGAUUAUGUACCUUUGAAACCACAACUUCUACGUCCAGCAGCAAUGAAUCUUCCUGAACGAAUUCACACCAUUCCUAAAUGUAAAAAUUUAAAGAACCAUAAAGCAAAGUCAAAGAAACAACCAACCAAGAAAACUAGCAUGGAACUGAAAGAUAAUAUUAUGCCUGAAUGCAAAGUUGUUAAUAUCUAUUCGAGUGACUCUGACACUUCGGAUACGGAAAGUAAUAAUUCUAUCUAUGUGGACUCUAAAAUUAGAGUAGAAGCUGUAUGCUUAUUACAAGUACUUGUUGAAAACUCACAGAGCCGUGAAAUAUUUGGUUUUUGGCCACAAAUUGUUGCCACUGGAUCAGACAAUGAUGCAAAAGUAUUGACUAGAUGUAUUUUAAAAGAAUCUGUGCCAAAAGUGAAACAAAUCAUGCUAAGCACUCUCACUGAAUUACUCACGGAUGCUAAGUCUUUUUUAAUACAUGCUGAAGAUACCCACCAUACAUCGUUUAUUACUUUUUUUGGUACUGUGGGUCUAAUGAUAAAAGAGUUGCAUUUCACAUUGUCUUUAGUAUUGAGUAGUGAUAAAAAUGUAGCAGUUUUAACUCGUGCUUUAAAAUGUGCUGUUGCUCUAAUUCAGGGUACACCGUAUGCACGUUUGAAGACAGGACUUGCUACAAAAUUAAUGAGAAACUGUAGACCAUACAUAUUCCACAAAGAUCCGACAGUUCGUGUUGCAGCAUUGUCGACUUUUGAAGCUAUUGCUUCUUGUGAUCCAGUAGUGACUGAAAUAUUAAAUAUUCUUGCAAAACAGUCGACUAUAAAUACAGAAUCGAAGCAAGUGCAUUUAAAUGUUUCGUUUAGUGAUAAUACAGGUGGAGAAGAAGAGGAAGAAGAAGUUGAUAUUGAAGAUUCGAAAAAUAAUGUAACUGUUGAAUAUGAUAACAAAUUAUUAAAAGAAACAAACGUAUGCUUUUUGAUUCAUGUUUGUUUGCAGAACAUUUCGAAUAAGACGAUGAGCACACCUGUUCGUCUUCAAUCUUUGAAAUUAAUUGGUAGAAUGGCAUUCAGUACUGGAAGUUUUGUGUUUUCGCAUAUAGAAUUAAUUACAGCUACUUUAGCUACAGUUAUACAAGAUUCUGAAAUACAAAUAAUACUACAUGCAUGUCGUGCUUUAGAAAUUAUAGCUGGAUGUCUCAUGAACACUGACUCGGACAAUAAUAAUGCCUUAAUAUUCUGGAAUAUUAUAUUUGACCCCAUAAUAUCAGUUCUUCAACAUUCACAGACAAUAUUAAGAGAGGCUGCAUGUGAUUGUUUGGGUAGCACUAGUCCCAUCGUAUUUACUCAACUUUCGAGGCAAAAGACUGUUCUAGUCAUCACAGUACUGUUUGGUGCAAUUCACGACGAAGAAAGUGCAGUGAGAGCUGCAGCAUUAAGAGCAUUAGGAAUGUUGGUCAUGUUACCUCCACUGAAAGAAGAAACUGGGUUUUUAAUGGAUUUAGCUGAUAUAGUUUGCUUGACUGCCGACGAUAAAAAUCUUGGUGUCCGCAUUAAAGGAGCUUGGACGCUUGCUAAUUUAUGCGAUUGCUUUUCCAAAGAAAAAAAUGACAAAGAAGUAGAGCCUUUUUCUUUAGAAGUGCUGUUACCGAAACUAUAUCAAGUUAGUAUUAAGGCAUGUAAGGAUAAUGAUAAAGUAAAAUGCAAUGCUGUUCGAGCUCUUGGAAGUAUUCUGUAUUUAUGUCCCAAUAAACAUAUACUGAAUGAUACAUUAUCAGGAUUGGAGGCCCUUAUAAAUUGUGCCAUUUCAGGACAUGACAUGAAAGUACGCUGGAAUGCUUGUCGUGCUUUAGGAUUGGUUUUAAGUAAUAAUCCGGACAAUAUACUAUCACCUUCUUGGCGGGACUUAGUAUUCCCUGCAUUAUGCAACUUAAUAUGCCACAGUCCAAACUUUAAAGUUCGCUCUAAUGCAGCAUGGGCGCUAUGCGCUUGUAAUUCUUACGGCAAAUAUACUGCAAGUUUGUGGAAGAGCAUUAUUUUAGCAUUCGAAAAUUCUCAGCAUGUACCAAGCUACAUUGAGUAUCCCCAUCGCGAUGCUCUGGUUCAACAAUUGUGCCUUGCACUUAGUCAUGUGGCUGCUUGUACCAAUGUGUCAGAUUUACAAAACGUUUGGUCAGAGGUUGGUGAUCACGUGGAUGAUACUUUUAAUUACAUGAAACAAUUCCAGGAGACAAUUGUGCCUGAAAAAAUUAGUGACUUAAUAAAAGCGAAAUCUCAACUAGAGAAAUAUGUGAAAAGUGCUCCCUCAUUAGAAGAUCAAAAGAUUGCCCAAACAUUGGCAAGUAUUUUUGAAAGAACAAAACGAUAUGACAAUUUAGAUGCAACUUUUUCAACAUUAUGA